AUGGCGAAAGCGUUGCGCCUGCUGCCCUUGGCGUUGCUGGUGGCCUCGGCGCUGGGCCCCGGGGCGGGCGGCGCGGCCUUGGAGUUUGGGGGCGCAACAGGCCAGUGGGCUCGCUAUGCCCGGUGGGAUGCCAGCUCCUCGGGGGAGCUGAGCUUCAGCCUCAAGACCAAUGUCUCGCGGGCCCUGGUGCUGUACCUGGAUGACGGCGGGAACUGCGACUUCCUGGAGCUGCUGAUCCUGGAGGGCCGCUUCCGCCUGCGCUUCACGAUCUCCUGCGCCGAGCCGGCCAGCCUGCACCUGGAGACGCCCGUCAACGACGACCGCUGGCACAUGCUGCUGCUGACGCGCAACUACCGCGAGACCAUGCUAGUGGUCGACGGAGAGGCCCGCGUGGCCGAGGUCAAGUCCAAGCGGCGCGACAUGACGGUGGAGAGUGACCUCUUCGUGGGGGGCAUCCCGCCGGACGUCCGGCUCUCGGCCCUCACCCUCAGCACUGUCAAGUACGAGAUGCCCUUCCGUGGCAUGGUGGCCAACCUCAAAGUGGGCGACACGCCCCCCGCCCUCCUGGGCAGCCAGGGCAUCCGCAGUGACACGGAAUACCUGUGCACCAAGCAGAACCCCUGCGUCAACGGAGGGAUCUGCACCGUGGUCAACAGCGAGGUCCAGUGCGACUGCAGCCUGACCGGAUUCCAGGGCAAGUUCUGCAAGGAUCCAGUUAGUGACCCCAUCCAGAGCAGCACCGACGAGAUCACCCUCUCCUUCCGCACCCUGCAGCGCAACGGCCUGAUGCUCCACACUGGAAAGUCGGCGGACUACGUCAACCUGUCGCUCAAGAGCGGAGCUGUCUGGCUGGUCAUCAACUUGGGCUCGGGGGCGUUCGAGGCACUGGUGGAGCCCGUCAAUGGCAAGUUCAACGACAACAAUUGGCACGACAUCCGCGUAACCAGGAACCUGCGCCAGCACGCAGGAAUUGGACACGCUAUGGUAAACAAACUGCAUUACCUGGUGACCAUCUCUGUGGAUGGGAUCCUCACCACCACCGGCUACACCCAGGAAGACUACACCAUGCUGGGCUCGGACGACUUUUUCUACAUUGGGGGGAGCCCCAAUACGGCCGACCUGCCCGGGUCCCCCGUCAGCAACAAUUUCAUGGGAUGUCUCAAGGAUGUUGUCUAUAAGAACAAUGACUUCAAGCUGGAACUGUCUCGCUUGGCCAAGGAAGGGGACCCCAAGAUGAAGAUCAAUGGGGACCUGGUUUUCCGCUGCGAGAAUGUGGCGGCCCUCGACCCGGUCACCUUUGAGUCCCCUGAGGCCUACAUCUCACUGCCCAAGUGGAACACCAAGAAGACGGGCUCCAUCUCCUUUGACUUCCGCACCACGGAGCCAAAUGGGCUGCUGCUCUUCAGCCAUGGCCGGCUGCAGCCGCCCAAGGAGGGCCGCUCUGAGCGCCUGCACAAGGCUGACUACUUCGCCAUGGAGCUCCUCGACGGCUACCUCUACCUGCUGCUGGACAUGGGCUCGGGGGGCAUCAAGAUGCGGGCCAGCAGCAAGAAGGUGAAUGACGGCGAGUGGUGCCACGUGGACUUCCAGCGCGACGGGCGCAAGGGCUCCAUCUCCGUGAACAGCCGCAGCACGCCCUUCCUGGCCAGCGGGGAGAGUGAGAUCCUGGACCUGGACAGCGAGAUGUACCUCGGGGGGCUUCCUGAGAACCGCCUGGACCUCAUCCUGCCCCCUGAGGUGUGGACAGCCUUCUUGAACUAUGGCUACGUGGGCUGUGUGAGGGACCUCUUCAUUGACGGGAAGAGCCGCGACGUGCGGCGCCUGGCCGAGGUGCAGAGCGUGGCUGGCGUCUCCAGCUUCUGCUCCCGAGAGACCCUCAAGCAGUGCAGCAGCUCCCCGUGCCGCAACGGAGGCCUGUGCCGGGAGGGCUGGAACCGCUUCAUCUGCGACUGCGUGGGCACCGGCUACCUGGGCCGGCUGUGCGAGAGAGAGGCCACAGUGCUGAGCUAUGACGGGAGCAUGUACAUGAAGAUCAUGCUGCCGACGGUCAUGCACACCGAGGCUGAAGACGUCUCCCUCCGCUUCAUGUCGCAGCGAGCCUACGGCUUCAUGAUGGCCACCACCUCCAAGGAGUCGGCCGACACUCUCCGCCUGGAGCUCGAUGGGGGACAGAUGAAGCUCACAGUCAACCUAGGGCAAAUGGCCGGCGCCCACACCCGCCUGGAGUUCCACAACAUCGAGACAGGCAUCAUGACCGAGCGGCGCUUCAUCUCGGUGGUGCCCUCCAACUUCAUCGGCCACCUCAGCAGCCUGGUCUUCAACGGGAUGCCCUACAUGGACCUCUGCAAGAACGGGGACAUCAGCUACUGUGAGCUGAACGCCCGCUUCGGCCUCCGCAGCAUCAUCGCCGACCCCGUCACGUUCAAGAGCAAAGCCAGCUACCUGGCGCUGGCCAUGCUGCAGGCCUAUGCCUCGAUGCACCUCUUCUUCCAGUUCAAGACCACGGCCACCGAUGGGCUCAUCCUCUUCAACAGCGGCAACGGGAACGACUUCAUCGUGGUGGAGCUUGUCAAGGGGUACAUCCACUACGUCUUUGACCUGGGCAACGGGCCCUCGCUCAUGAAGGGGAACUCGGACAAGCCGGUGAACGACAACCAGUGGCACAACGUCAUCGUGUCCCGCGACACAAACAACGUGCACACGCUCAAGAUCGACUCUCGCACUGUCACACAGCACUCCAACGGUGCCCGUAACCUGGACCUCAAGGGGGAGCUGUACAUUGGAGGCCUGAGCAAAAACAUGUUCAACAACCUGCCCAAGCUAGUGGCCUCGCGGGACGGCUUCCAGGGCUGCCUGGCCUCCGUGGACCUCAAUGGCCGACUCCCAGACCUCAUCGCCGACGCCCUGCACCGGAUCGGGCACGUUGAGAGGGGCUGUGAUGGUCCCAGCACCACCUGCACGGAGGACUCCUGCGCCAACCAGGGCGUCUGCCUUCAGCAAUGGGACGGCUAUACCUGCGAUUGCACCAUGACCUCAUAUGGUGGCCCCGUGUGCAAUGACCGUGAGUAG